AUGAACGGAAAAGGAAAAACUGCAGAGGGUGAUGGAUUGACUCCUUAAGAAGAAUAUGUAGAUUUACAAAGAAAAUAUAAAAAUAUUGAAAACGAUAGAAAGACUUAUAAUGACGAGACUCAAGCCUAACUUAAAAAGCAAAAAAAUAUGAUUGAAAAACUUCAAAAAGAAAACUAGUUACUGAAAGAAGAACUUCAAUCAUAAAACAAUCAUUUGGCAAAGAGCAAGACUACACAGCAAUCUCAGAAGAAUAUAACAGAUAUUGCCGAAGAGAUUAAGUAAAUCAAAGAAAGAAUUGAGGAAGAGAAGCGAUCUCAAGAUGAAAUGGAUGAAGAUAUACAAACUCUCUAACAAGAAAUCAUAGACUAAAAGAGAAAAUAAAAGGGAGUUAAUGGAACUUAGGAGAGACAUUCGUAAUUAGGAAAGUAAAUUAAGAUUCUAGAAAAUAGAUUAGAUAAGGCGAACUAGAAAUUCAAUGAAGCAAUAGCUCACAACAAGUAGUUAAGAGAGUCAAUCGAUAGUUUAAGAAGGGAAAGAGUAAUUUUCGAUAACAUCUACAGAAAGCUAGAGAAGGAAUUACACAACAAAAGAAAAGAUAUGGCAAACAUUAUAGAAAUCGCGAAUAGUGCUUAUGAGGAAAGAGAUAGAGCAUAAGAAAAACUUGCUAUGUUAAUUUAGUAAGCUGAGAGAGAAAAGACUGAGUUUGAAAAGGAAAUGCAAUAAGUCAGUAAUCUUAUUGAAAAGGAUAAGCAGAUGAGAGACUUAAUGAAAUUAAAGGAAACUGAGAAGAGCGAGCUUGAAAGAAUAACACUGAAUAAAUCUGAAGCAAUUCUAGGUAACAGUGCUGCUUUUGAUGAAAAGAGAAAAUCUAAAAUGAUGUGGAGUGCAUAAAAGGAUAAGAUUUAAACAACAGUUACUCUUGAGAAGGCUGAGUCGUACGAAGAAGCUUUUGCCAAAAUUGAAGCUGCAACUGGUAUUCAUGAUAUCGAUGUACUAGUAAAAAACUUCAUCUAGGCUGAAGAGAAAAAUUUUGCACUUUUCAAAUUUGUCAAUGAAUUGAGCAAUGAAAUUGAAAAUCUUGAGCAAUAGAUCAAUGAAAUGUCAAUUGAAAUUGAAAGAAAUAGAGGCUAAGGAUCUAGCACAGAUCAUCAGAGAAAGAAGGCACUGAAAGAUUUAGAAGAAAAACUAUCAAAAACAGAGAUGAAGGCAGAGCAAUUAGGUCUUGAAUACGGAUAGGCUCAAACAAAGGUUAAUUCUAUUAAGUCAAGCAUUGAAAACAUAUUCAAUGUUAUUCAGUGCGAUCAAAAAGCUCACCAAGAGUUGUUAGGAACAUAAGGAGUUACAGAGUCAAAUAUGAUGACUUAUAUGGGUAUAAUUGAAUAGAGAAUUAAUGAGAUUCUUUAAUGCUAUGCCUACAUUUAACAAUAGAGAUAAUUUGAUAACAAUGAUCUAGAUGGAAACAAUGAAGCAUUUAACUUUGGCGGAGUUGGUCCAAACGUAGCUCCAACACAUGGGCCACUUAGAAUUGAGCCACCGUCUUUUGGAGAGGAACUCUCAGAUGAUGAUUUAAGUGAUGAAGCGAGUGAAAAGCCCUUAGGUAUCGAAGAGUUCAAGCAGAGAGUAGAGAAUAGCAAAAGAAAUGAAAACAAGAAGAAGAAAAAUAAAACUGGCCUUAAGAGAUGA